CGUGGAAAUCUGACCGGUAAUAACGAGCCUACACUAGUCAGUUCCUGAACACGGUCGCGCUUCACGCGUUGCCCCUUUCAGGCUUCAUGAACUUGGCUGCGCUUUUCGCGACUCCCAAACAAGGGAUAGGAACGUUGAAGUUAGUGAACUUCAUAAACCUUCACGUGAUCCCAAACGUUCCCAUUUUAGCAAAUUCAGAAACUUUCUUGUUCACCCCUCUCCCUUCCCUGGUGAGAACCAGAAAAACCGUAGACCUCUACAACCACAGUCAACACUCUCCGGCCGGUCUGAUCUCUUCAGCGGCGAUGCUGUCUUCAAUCCUCCACAAUGAGCAAGACAGAGCUGAUUGGACAACUGCACGUGACCAAUUCUUUAUUGAAUUGUUAAUUGAGCAAGCUGCCAAGGGCAAGAAAACUGACGUGGGGUUCGUCAAGGAGGCAUGGAAAUCUGUAUGCCUUUCAUUUAACAGAAAAUUUAAUCUAAAUUAUACCAUUAUACAGCUCAAAAGUCGAUAUAAAAAGCUAAAAACCCAAUAUGGAAUGGUGAAGACACUCAAAAGCCAGAAUGGAUUUGGGUGGGAUGAUGCAGUGAAGGUGAUUUUUGCUGAUGAGGAUGUGUGGGAACGGUAUAUAGCUGCACACCCUAUUGCAAGGAAUUACAAGAACAAAUGCUUUCCUCUAUAUGAUCAGUGUGCUGUACUCUUUGAUGAUAAUAAAGCAGAUGGUCGCAUAUCAGUAUCUUCCAUCCGUAAAGGCCUAAUGCAAGGUGACGUAACUGCAACAGUCCAUACAGGGACACCAACUUCCAAUGAGACAAGGUCUAAUGACAUGAAUGACAAUGAGGAAGAAGAUGAAGCAAGCUAUGACGAUCCUUUAGAAAUCCCAGAACCACGGCAUCAUAGAGAGUAUUCAUCAAUUCGUCGUGAGAAAAGAGUGAGAUCGAGCCUUGGACACAGAAUUGCUACAGCACUGGAGAACAUAUCAUCGGAGUUCUCCUUGGACUGUAGAUCCACACAGAAGCCUGUUUCAGACGAUGAUGUUUCUUUCCGGCGCUGUAUGAUAGAGCUGCAGAGCAUGCAGGGAUUAGAUCCAGAUGAUUGUGUGAAGGCAGUUUCCAUCCUUAAGGACCCCCUUAAUCGUGUUGCAUUUGUAACUUUGAGCGAUGAUCUUCGACGCAGAUGGCUGUGCAAUGAACUGGAUCAACUAAAGUAAAAGAUUUUUUUUUUUUUUGCAGGAAAUCAUCCAUUUUUUGAAACUGGUGGGUUUGGAAUUGGUUGUGUUUUGGGCUCCGAUGAUGCCUUUGAACUUUUUCCCCUGCCUUGGACGUUUGUCUGCAUGUAUAUAUAUUUGUUUAUGUGAUUUUGGUUUUGUCCAA